AUUGAAUGGGUUUUUAAAUUUUCUUCCUCCGCGGAGCAUUUCCUCAGCUCAGCAAAACCCCAAAAUGGAAGUAGACAUGGAAAAUCUAUUCGCACCGCCGUGGCUAGAGUUACCGCCGGAGAUUACAUCAACGAUACUACAGAAGCUGGGGACGAUAGAGAUACUGAGAAAUGCAGAUAAAGUCUGUACAACUUGGCGGCGAUUAUGCCAAGACCCAGCCAUGUGGCGAGUUAUCAACAUGCGAGACAAUGUCUGGGACAUGUUGGAAGGUGACUUGGAGCAGAUAUGCCGUGAAGCAGUGGAUCGUAGCCAGGGUCAAUUAAUUGAUAUCAAUCUUGAGUACUUUGGCAGCGAUAGUUUGCUCUAUUAUAUUGCUGAAAGGUCACCUCAACUCAAACGUCUUAGACUCCUAUGCUCCUAUAAUGUCUCAGGUGAGGGGUUGAGUGCGGCAGUGAAGAAGUGUCCAUUAUUGGAGGAACUGCACCUUUACCACAUCUUAAUCAGCAAAGAAUCCAUUGAAACUAUUGGCCGCUCUUGUCGUGCUUUGAAGUCAUUUAAGUUGAACAACCAGGUAUUUAGACAUCCCUGCAUUGAAUACGAUGAAGAGGCAAUUGGAAUUGCAGAGAACAUGCCUAAACUGCGCAACCUUCAACUUGUUGGAAAUAAGAUGACAAAUGAAGGGUUGGAAGCUAUUCUUAAUGGUUGCCCUAACCUUGAAUCACUUGAUCUGAGACGAUGUUUUAAUGUCAAUCUAGGAGGCGAUGUAGGGAAGCGAUGUUCUCAACAGAUCAUAUAUCUCAGACGCCCUCAUGACUCCACCGAAGAUUAUGAACUUGAUGCAGGAAUGCAUGAUUGUGAAUCAUUUGAUGAGGAUUACCCAUCUGGAUUUUCUGACAUCGAUCUCAUCUCAGAAGACGAUUAUUACUAUGAAUUUUCAGAUGUCAGCAACUAUUCCGGUGAUGAAGAGAUGUUCUUUGAAUAGCAGUUUGACAGCCCUUCUGCUCUAUUGAUGGAGCUGUGUUCUUCAGAUGCGGUUGAGGUUGCCAAGGCUCUCCGGUUUUAUUUCAAUUUUGGAGAACAUACUCGCUGUAAGCUUUGCUCAGAGGUUCCAAAAUAUUGGAGAAUUGGGUCGGCUGGGUGGUUGGAACCGGGUAAGUAGGGGAGCCCAAGGAUUGUGACAAUCUGGUGCUAAUUAACUUAAUAAUCAGCAAAGUAAAAAUGGACCGACUAUUGGACGGUAAGGAUUGAUCAUGGGCAUAUCUGCUCAACUAUUGCAUAGUUGAAGGGCAAUAUCUGGCCUUUUCCCUUAUAUGUAUCUAUAACAUGAGCAAAUGUGAUAGAUGAUAAACCCUUAUUUGUGAUGCACACCCGCCUCUUCAACCGAGACUCACCAUCUUAAAAGGAAUCAAACUGGCACGUUAAGUGGAAAUUUGGAAGAAGAAUUAAUAUGCCUCCUGAUCCUACAGAGUGAGAGUUGCCGCGUUUCUAGGAUCGAUAGAUGCCGUACCCGCACCUGCAGAAGCACUUGAGCGACUAGAGUAUGAACACUUUAUCAUCAUGCCCUCGCUUAAUUAACUAUGCUCUUUCUCAUAGGAUGGUUUUGGAUGGACUAAACCUGAGGAUCUAAUCAUAUUGGAAGCGCAAAAUUUGUCAAAAUUCUUUGUUCCUGCUGUAAUCUUUUGUAAUAGCAUGACAAGCUGAGCCGGCAAAGUAUAGUAUUGUGUUCUAAUUCUGCUAAGAUUGUUGUAUGCUAAUUAAAAUGAGUGUUGAGAUGUGAAGUGAAACUCCCAAUACAAUUGCAUAAACAGUUGAGAUUCAUCCCAAUUGUUACUGAAGCUCACUGUUCCCAUAUAAGCGAGAGGCUUUUCGUUUUU